AUGGACCCUCUGUGUGAAUGCAUCAGGGACUGCACAGACUCUGGGGACGUCCUGCUGAGGCGGCUGCUGGAGGCCCACAGUCUGGAGGACGUGUGGAGGACUUUGCAGGACUUUCCAGACAGGGCCCGGCUUGUGAAGGAGCUGGAGACUACAGUGGUAGAACUGCAGCGUUUAGCAGUUUCUACAGGAGAACGGGGGUGUUUACAGUCCCUCAAAGCACAAAAGUCGGCCUUGGCCAGCCUGCUGGGCACCGCUGCACAGGGGGCUCUGGUCCGGUCCCGCCACAUGGAUCUGACCCAGAUGGAUGUACUCUCUCAGUUCUUUUUCAGUCUGGAGGUAAAGAACGGGCAGAAGAGGAUCAUCCAGUCUCUGCGCUCGGACAUCGGUCGCCUCAUCACAGACUCUGCAGAGGUCAGGAGUUUUGCCGCGGGCUUUUAUGAACAUUUGUUUAGCUCUGAGCUGCGUCCCGGGUCUGUUAUGGGAGGCCGGUUUGGGGACGUUCUGCCUCAGGUCAGUGAUGAGGACAAUAAGAAACUGGAGGCCCCACUGACUCUGGCUGAACUGGGCUCUGCAGUGGGGAGUCUAAAACCAGGCAGAGCUCCGGGCAUAGACGGACUUUUGGCCGAUUUUUAG